GGCAAUCAGCGUGGUGACUGCGGUAUGCCGCGGCGAUCAAGUUCAUCUCUUACACUAGUACUCCACUUUCAUGCUUUUGAGGUGUCUCGGUCAUAUUCAUGUCUGACUACGAUGAUGGGGUCGAGCGAUACGACGUGACACCGAUUUUGGAGUCGCGGUACUUUAUUCUCCCCGCUUCCGCAGCACUCGUUGGGUUAUUCAUCGGGGCGGUGCGUGGAUCUCGUCUUGCGUCACUCCGUUUUCUCGCGGAGAACGCACACCGGCCACCCAAGACAAUUCGGGGAUGGUAUCUCUACAAUAAAACGAAAAAUUACAAAAGAAUGGCUGCCGGACUUUUAUCUGGUGGUAAAGAUGGGGUUAAACUUGGACUGACAGCACUGGUUUGGGUUGGGAUCGAAGAUGGGUUAGGGCAGUGUGGGAAGCCUUUUGAUGAUUUGAAAGAGGUUGGAGCUGGUGUGGGGACUGCGGGGGCGUUCUCGGUUGUUUACCGACUACCGUGGCGUACUGGAAGCCGUGCAUUAUUGCUUGGAUCGAUGAUGGGUGGGGGAAUGGGAUUUCUACGGUGGGCUAGAGAAUACUUGAGUAGAGCCCGGGGAGACUUUGAUACAUAGAUGCCUAGACCUUCCGUAUCCUGAAACAAGCAUUUUUUUUGAAAAUUUUAAAGUGGUCGAAUGGAAAU